AUGAAUUAUUGUUUUAGUUCACAUGAAUUUCGCUUUUUAGAAAAAUCAAAAAAUGAAUUCGAACGAACGAAAUCAGAACGUGAAGCUGAUGAAAACUAUUGGAAUCGCAAAUCUGAAUACACACCAGAAUCAGGUAUUGAAACGCAUAAAAUUACGCAAAAGAAACGCGAACAUGAAUCAAAAGAAGAAAAGUCCGAGCCAAAACCUGUACGGCAAUAUAUUGGGAAUGAUGGUUAUCCACUGAACUGUAAUGAACCUAAAGUCGAUUUUAAAAUGCUUGAAAGUGAUGAUGAUCGACAUGUUAUUCUUGAUGUUGCUGUUUUUCGUCAUGUGGAUACAUCGCUUGUCGAUGUUGAUGUUCAACCGCUUUAUGUUCGAGUUACAAUUAAAGGGAAAAUUCUACAAUUAGUCUUGCCCGAAGAAGUCAAUACAAUACAAUCAGUAGCUGAGCGAUCGAAAAUAUCAGGACAUUUAGUCAUUAAAAUACCUAAAUUAAAACAAUCAAAUAUUAAAAUGGAAACAAAAGCUCGAAUUGAGAAUAAUAAACCUUCUACACAAUCAACUUCUUUCGAACUUGGUAAAGAUCCAUCGGCAACCGUUGAUUACACUCAAAUUGUAAAUCAAAAUAAAAAAAAAUCACAAAAAGAGCGAGAAAAUUCAGCAGAUUUUAUCGAUGAUCUUGAUAUACCUCCAUUAAUCUAA